CAACAUGGCGAAGAUAGUCAUAGCAGGUCGGGCUAACUGCCCAUAUUUUGCAAAAAGUGAACUUCUUGCCGACAACCUUGCCAAGAAUCUUGAUGAUUUUAAACUCCACAAGAUAGUCAUACAGCCAUCAGAGUGGGAGGAAUGGCUGUCAAAAACAUGCAGCGAAAGAAAAUGGCUGCAUACGAAAUCGCCAAUGGUCUGGCGCGAAUUGAUCGAUCGUGGUGGGAAGGGUGUCCUUAUCGGAGGGGCAAAUGAUUUCCAGGAAUAUGCCAGAGGGUACUACAGCGUUGUCUCUAACUUCAUUAGCGAUGACAUGUUGAAAAUUGCUGAGGAAAAUCUUAAAACUAAAGAUGAACUGGACGAGGAGGAACGGUCAUUGAAAGCGUUGAGCAAGCCUGUCAACAUCUGUAUCACUAAUGCCAGCAGUCCUGUUAGUUAUGGUUUGAUUCCAGAAAUAGCAAAGGGUGUGACAUUUGGAGAUCAGACUGAGGUCACUCUUCACCUACUUGACUCGGAGGAAAAUAUUGAAGGAGUAGGUGGUGUAGAGUUCGAGGCUGUUGACUUGGCCUGCCCCCUAUUGCGAGGUGUCAAGACCACAUCAGAUCCUAAGGCAGCAUUUAAGGACUGUAGCGUAAUCAUAUUGUUGGACGAAAUUAAGAAGGGAGAGGAAGAAGAGAACUCUGACUGGUUGAAAAGAAAUUUUGAAUUUUUCACAAAUUACGCAAACAUUAUUGGAGCAGUUGCAAAAAAGGAUGUAAAGAUUCUCAUAGGUGGCGCAGGACCUGUUAACUUUAUCACAGACAUGAUGAUCAGAAAUGCUCCCGAGAUUCCACGACAGAACUUUGUUGCUUUCAGUCGUUUAUUAGAAAACCAAGUCAAAGCUGUGAUUGGACACCUCCUCAAAGUCAACUCAGCCUACAUCGUUGAUGCUUUAGUUUGGGGAAAUCCUGCUGGAGAACGUUUCGUAGACAUAGCGCAUUGCCGCGUACACAACUUUGACGGGGCAAUCUGGGGACCACCAUUCUAUUCCCGUCCAGUGAAGGAGUUGAUUUACGACAAAAAAUGGCUCGAGAAGGAAUUCCAGGAGAUGGUGAACAGCCGUCAACAGAACCUUGUCACGACGAUGAACCAUCGGAACAGCGUGUCCCAUGCUGCAGCGAUUGCUACACUCCUGCAACACUGGGUCCAGGGGUCACCUGAAGGUCAGAUCUUCUCACUUGGAGUGUACUCAGAAGGUGAUUACGGGAUACCAGAAGGCCUUGUUUGCUCUGUCCCUGUAAGGUUCCACUCGGCUGGUUACUGGGAGCUUGUCAAGGAUAUUGAGAUGGCAGAAGAGGAGAAUGAGAAGAUCAAGCUCUGUGUGGAGGACUUGACCAAGGAGUACGAGGUGAUUUUCCCACCCCCCUUCAUCCCACCUCCAACUCCACCAGCUGAACAAGAAGCUGAAGGAGGGAAAGUGUUUGGGACGGAGGAAUCACAGCAGACGGACGACGCUAAGAAAGAAGAAGAUGGAAACUCCUCGGCCACUAUGACUGGCACGACAUCCGAGAGUGAAGGUGACACCGAUAAACUGGCAAAGAUUGUCGAGGAGAAGGGGGAGGAAGAAAAGGCAGAACAGCCAGGGGAUGGGCAGAAGACGGACGAGUCUGAAGAUCAGACGGAGGAAGCAGAUGAAUAAACAAGAGAUUCUUUUCACUAAAAUCUUUAAUUCAAUAUUUGGACUCGGCAACUUUUUACACAAAAUGAACAUUCAGUUUACAAGCAGAAGAUUUGAAAUAAACAGAAGCACUGGUGUAAAAAUCUGAUAUAACGUUCAAGUUCUCUUUAAAACAUUGUACAAAAUGAAAAUUUUCUAAAGACAUUAUUGUAGUCACUGCUCUGCAGGUUGGAGGCAAAGAUAUCAUAGAAACAAUCGCUUAACAUGUUGUUUAUUUGUAAUUACAGUGUGCCAAGAAAGAAAAACAACUUUGCAGAGAGAAAUUCACUGUGAUGAAAAUACAUUAUUUACAUCAUUGUUGAUACAUACAAUUUUAUUUAAAAGUACCCUUUGUGUCAUGUAGAUAUUUUGUGAUAUUCGUGAGAUAUUUAGUGUAUCAUUGACUAAAACAAGGCUGUGUCACAUCUGGAAGGCCUGUCGAGAGAACUCCAUUGAUUGACCAAUGAACAUAUCAUUUCAUAAACACUUUCGAUAUGAAAUUCUGUAGAUGUCAUACA